AUGAAUGAAUUAUAAAUUUUUGAAAAUUAUCGAUGUCUUUAUCAUCAAGUUUAAUUUUUGAAUUGUUUAAUAAAACAAAAUGAUCAAGAAUAGAAAUUAAAUAUUCAUGUAUUAUAUUAAUUAGAUAAUUUAAAUAGAAUCAUAUAUUGAAUAGAGUAAAAUAAAUUUUGAAUUUGAAAGAUUAAAAUUAUAUGAGAAUGUAAGAAAUAUUGACAUUAAAUGUAAUUAAUUGUUUAGAAGAUAUAUUGAAAUUAGAAUCAUCAGAAAUAAGAUUAUUAUAUUCAAAUAUUAAAAUUUUAGUAGAAUAUUUAAUUUAUUUAAACGAAUUCAUUAGUUAAUAAGCAUAAUAAGUAUUACUUGGAGAUGUUGUAAUUGAUAUUCAAUUAAUGAAUAAAUAAAUUGAUGAAUGUAUAAAAAAAUGUAAUCUAAUCAUUACUAAACAUAAACAUUUUUUUGAAUAGUAUAAUGAAUUAUAAGAAAUAAUUAGUAAAACAACAAAUAAUAUUAAUGAAUCAUCAUAAUUAUUAAUGAUAAUAAUUGAUGAAAUUAAAGAAUAACAUUUAAUAAAUGAAGUAUAGAAAAGAUGUUAAUUAAAGAAUCAAGAUACUAUUAAAAAUCUAGAAUUGUAAUUGUUAGAAUGA